AUGAGCACCAGUGUGCUCCUACCCUUCAUCUAUUUCGUGGUGUGUGUGGUGGGACUGAGCGGCAACACCUUGGUCAUCUACGUGAUCCUGCGGUACGCCAAAAUGAAGACGGUCACCAACAUCUAUAUCCUCAACCUGGCCAUCGCCGACGAACUGUUCAUGGCCGGGCUUCCCUUCAUCGCCAUCCAAGUGGCCAUGGGACACUGGCCAUUCGGCCAGGCCGCCUGCAGGGUGCUGAUGACCGUGGACGGCAUCAACCAGUUCACCAGCGUCUUCUGCCUGACGGCGAUGAGCAUCGACCGCUACCUGGCCGUGGUUCACCCCAUCAAGUCUUCGCGGUGGCGCAAGCCGAGGGUGGCCAAGCUGGUGAACGUGGCGGUGUGGUUCAUCUCCCUGCUCGUCAUCCUGCCCAUCAUGAUCUACUCGGGGGUGCAGACUGCCCACAGGAACAGCAGCUGCACCAUCAUCUUUCCCAGCGAGGACCAGGUGUGGUACACCGCCUUUACCAUCUACGCCUUCGUGCUGGGCUUCGUCCUGCCCUUCUCCAUCAUCUGCCUCUGCUACCUCAUGAUCAUCUUCAAGGUGAAGGCUUCGGGCAUCCGCGUGGGAUCGUCCAAGCGCAAGAAGUCGGAGAAGAAGGUCACCAGGAUGGUCUCCAUCGUGGUGGCCGCCUUUGCCUGCUGCUGGCUGCCCUUCUACAUCUUCAACUUAGUGCCGCUGGGGGUGAAGGUCCUGCCCACCCAAGCCUCCAAAGGCGUCUUCGAGUUCAUCGUCCUCCUGUCGUACGCCAACAGCUGCGCCAACCCCAUCCUUUAUGCCUUUUUGUCCGACAACUUCAAGAAGAGCUUUCAGAACGUGCUGUGCCUGCAGAAGGUCAGCGGCUUGGACGAGGUGGACCGCAGUGACCAGCCGCCAGGAACAAGUCGGCUGCAGGAUGUCACCGAGACGCAGCGGACUCUCCUCAACGGGGACGACCUGCAGACCAGCAUUUAA